AUGCUUAAAUCAGCGCUCUCCUCUCUUCGAGUACAUUCCCAACACCAGAAACUGAGCUACCAAACAAUGUCUCAGACAUCUGAGGAAGAGUCUCUAUUCAACUUCCAGCAGCAACAGAAGCUGGCACUCUGUGAAGCAGCACUGAGCAAAAGCGACCCCAUCAUCCAUGCAGGGAAAAAGAGACGAGGUCAUCCUGGCCAACCAGAUCCAGAUGCAGAAGUAGUUGCAUUCUCACCCAAGACAUUAUUGGCAACAAACAGAUAUAUAUGUGAAGUCUGCCAUAAGGGUUUCCAGAGAGACCAAAACCUUCAACUCCACAGGAGGUGUCACAACUUACCAUGGAAGCUCAAGCAGACAAGUGGCACCGACGCUAAGAAGAAGGUGUAUAUUUGCCCUGAAGCCACCUGCCCUCACCAUGAUGCAACCCGUGCUUUGGGUGAUCUAACAGGGAUAAAGAAGCACUACUCACGGAAGCAUGGCGAGAAGAAAUGGAAGUGUGAAAGAUGCUCUAAGAAAUAUGCAGUCCAAUCGGACUGGAGAGCACACACGAAGAUAUGUGGCACCAAGGAGUACCGCUGUGAUUGCGGAACAAUAUUCUCAAGAAAGGACAGCUUCAUCACACACCGAGCCUUCUGUGAUGCACUAACUGAAGAUAACUCCAGAAUCAACCAAAGCCUUGCUGCCAUGGUGGGAAGUUUGCAUGGCCAACAGCAGAGCAUCUUUCCGCACACGAUACCUGGUGCAGACUCUUCCCCAACUGAUGCAGCCGGAAACUUCUCUGGUAAUGACCAGAGUUCAGACGACCAUCUGGGGUCUUUAUCACCUUAUACUUUCAUCCGAAGGUCCACUUCAUUGUUCUCCAACCAGAUGAUAUUACCACACGAUUCUGGCACUCUAGCAGAUGGGAGUGAACCAAGCUCUACUUACAUGUCCAUGAGCUCUCCAUACAUGUCAGCCACAGCCCUGCUACAGAAAGCAGCAGAGAUGGGAGCAAAGACCAGUGAAGAUCCUACCACGCCAUUGCUUCUGAAAGGUUUCCCGAACUAUUUCACCACCAAAGGUCACAUUGGAAUAUCUUCUGGCAUCCUAGGGACACCGAUAGCCAAUAGUGAUAGAAAGAAGACUGCUGAAGACAACAGCUCCUACAUGAACUCGCCAUGGACUGGUAGCUGCAUGAGACCUCCUAAUGCAGUGCCUUGGAUCGGGCUACCGCCAUUUUCAAUGGGGGCAGAAAAUAGAAGCUCUAGCAUGGUUGAUGAGGAUCAUAUGCAGCAAAAUGCGCAUGAGACCAUUUUUGGGGUUAGAGAUGUGGGACUAACGCAAGACUUUCUAGGUUUAGGAGGCCAUGGUAAUGCCGAGAUGCACGAUGACACCUACAAUGGGGAAAUGGCAUUAAGCUAUUCAAAUGAGCAGCAGAAAUCUGAGCAAGAUAUCUACUCCUACCAUCAGUAG